AUGGCCGUCGUGGGCAAGGCUAGGACUAGCGGCCCUUUGCUGAGACGGGAUGCCCACACCUCCUACGCAUCGACGACCAGCCCUCAAGGGGAGGUGGCACCUACCGUCGAGCUAGCUUCGCCCCUCGACCUUGGGGCGGAUCACCCUAUAAUGCAAAAAGUCUGGGUGCUCGCAUCCGCCUCAUGCGUCGCACCCGUGAACACGGCACCUGCACCGCACCACCCUCGACGGCCCCGGCCGGGCCACGGGGACCAGGGAGGCGAGAAACCAGCAUGGCGAGCAAGACGAACCGCUCGAGGGGCCUUCGUGUCAUGCACACGUGCGUACCUUGUUGCCCUUUCCGCCGCGGUACCGCAUGUCGGUACCGUGCCCGUUGCCCGAGUCGCUUCGGCUUCUACGGGGAGCAUCGGCGUAUAUAUGGAUGGCCCCCGGCCUCCCCCCGUCACCGUCCCAUCCCGAUCCCCCGCUCCAUCACCGAUCCGUUCACGACGCAACGCUUGGCUGGUGCUUGCCCGGAGCGCCGAGUACGUCGACAUGCUCUCCCGCCUUCACCUUCCCGGUCUCUUCCUCGCCUUGGCCGUCCCGACCGCCCUCGUCGGCCAGGCCGAUGCCUUUGGCGCCGGCAACGUGGCCUCCAUCUCCAAGGUCGAGGGCAAGAACUGGCGACACGGUGACAUCGAAGAUGUGCUCCUGACCUUGGACAAGGCCCAGGCCUUUGGCGGCGGCGCCUUUUCCCCCACGGAUGUGGCCCACGUCUACUUUGGCAACUGGCUGCGCGACUACUCCCAGGCCAUCGACGUCAGCACCCUCAAGUCCGUGCCCAUCGAUGCCACGGGCCUGCUCAUCAGCAUCGUCGGCUUCUUCACCUUCGGCUACGGCACCGGAGACUUUGAGGUCACCGCCAGCCGUCUCGGCGUCUACCGGCCGGAGGAGCACAUUGACAACCCCAAGAACUACAACAACAAUGAAAACGCCCGCCAGUACGACAAACGACUGCGAGGCCGCGUCAGGGACGAGGAGCUCGCCGUGGACCCGAACUCGGGCAUGAAGAACUACAUCGCCAACGAUGAUCCGCAGCUUAAAAUCAUGACCUCGUCCAAGUUCGUCAGGAGAGAAUUCCAAAAGUUCAUCUGGCUCGGCCGCGAGUACAAGAAACAUCGCAGAUCCAGGGACCUCACCGAGGCCCUGCGCCUCCUGGGCGGUGGCCUCCACUGCCUCGAAGACUUCUUCGCCCACAGCAACUACGUCGAGCUUGCCUUGCUGGAGCUGGGCCAGGGCAACGUCUUCCCCCACGUCGGCACCAACACGCGCAUGCCGGUCAAGGGCACCAACAGGGACGUCUUCCCCCUUGUCACCGGCACCUUUGGUGCCACCGACUUUCUGCACUCGGUCCUCGGCGAAGUCCACGACUCGGUCGUCCAGAACGAGGUCGACGAGCUGGAGGGUGUCCUUCGAAACUUCACCAACACCAACACCGGCCUGCUCCGCUCCCUCUUCAGCCUCAUCCCCUUCGGCGUCCUCCAAGGCAAUCCCGGCGUGACCAUCGACCACCUGCAGAACGACGCCAAGCAGAACAUCGCACCCGUCUCCCCCAGCAACACGGGACUGUUCACGACGUACAUCCGUAACGUCAUCAUGCACGUCAUGCCCGGCAUCAAGUUUCACGACGACGUCGUCAUGGCCAUCUCGCAGACCGUCCACGGCAUCCCGAUACUGCCACGGGUCGUUCAGCAGCUCCAGGAGCAGAUAUCCAAAUUCGUCUUCUCCGUCAUCGCCCCCGUCGUCGUCCCCCUCAUCCAUCAGGUUCGCGGCGGGCUUCAGGGCGGCGCCCACGGCGUGAUCCAGAGCAGCUCGGCCGAGCAGUUUGUCGUCCUCGACGAUCCGCGCAGCCACGACCCGACCCACUCGAUGAUCGCCAAGGAUCACUUCUCCAACAUAUUGAACGGCAUUUCCGGCGAGCUUGCCGCGAUAUCCGUGAAGCGGAUUGUGCCCCAGCUCAUGCAUGCCGUCGACGACGAAUCCGUCGAUGUCGACGCUCUCCUGACCCGCAUCAUCCACGGCGUCCUGCACCACCCGGCCCAGAGGAACAUGGGACACGCCGAGGUUACGGCGGCUCGCAUGGAAACCUACAGGCACGUCAAGCAGUGGUGGUCAGGUUUCGGUAGACGCGUGAAGAACGACUACCUCCGCAGGCUAUCGAUCAACGGCAUCCGCCAUGGCUGGAAUCACAUCCAUGGUGUCCAAGACUCUUCGGGUCGGCUGCCGAUGAAUGUUCUCUUCCGCAAGAAAAGGACCUUUGGAGAGAGGAUUGCCGACUGGGCUGCGUCUGCCAUUUUCGGUGGCAUGAAGACGAUUUUCCUCGCCAUCAUCAACAAAAUCAAGGCCUCGCUGCCGAAAUGGCUCCGUCCGUCAUGA